GAUCGAACCGGAUCGAACCGGGCGAGGCGAGGCGAGGACGGGGCUGGCGGGCCGGGGGUCCUGCUGGCCCUCCGGGGGCCUGAGGCGUGGCUCGCCCAGCGACCUCCCGCACGACUCAUCGACCCCCGGAAACACAGUCUAGACUCCUCAACAUGAACAAGUUGAAGUCUUCGCAGAAGGAUAAAAUUCGUCAAUUUAUGAUCUUCACAGAGUCCAGUGAAAAGACCGCAGCGCGUUGUCUUUCUCAGAAUGACUGAGAUGUUAGAUGUUGCCACAGACAGUUUUUUUCAAAAUCCUGAGCUUUAUAUUUGAGGGAGUGUUAAAGGAUCACUGGACAGAAAGAAGUUAGAACAGCUAUACGAUAGAUACAAAGUGUAAUGUUCCGGCUCAGAAAUGCCUUAUGUUGAUCGCCAGAAUCGUAUCUGUGGCUUUCUAGACAUUGAAGAAAAUGAAAACAGUGGCAAGUUUCUGCGGAGGUACUUCAUACUGGACACCAGAGAAGAUAGUCUGGUGUGGUACAUGGAUAAUCCACAGAACCUUCCCUCUGGAUCACAGCCUGUUGGAGCUAUUAAGCUUACCUAUAUUUCAAAGGUUAGCGAUGCAACUAAACUAAGGCCAAAGGCAGAAUUCUGCUUUGUUAUGAAUGCAGGGAUGAGGAAAUAUUUCCUACAAGCAAAUGAUCAGCAAGACCUAGUAGAAUGGGUAAAUGUUUUGAACAAAGCUACAAAAAUAACAGUACCAAAGCAACCAGAUCCUCAAACUCAUUCUGAUAAUAUAAAUCGCCAAGUUGAAAAUCCCGGUGGAAAGAAGCAAGUAUCUUAUCGAACUGAAAUUGUUGGUGGAGUACCUAUCAUUACGCCAACUCAGAAAGAAGAUUUAAAUGAGUGUGCAGAUGGGAUUGACAGAAACAAUUUGAAAAGGUCACAAAGUCAUCUUCCGUACUUCACUCCUAAACCUCCCCCAGAUAAUGCAGUUAUCAAAGCUGGAUACUGUGUUAAACAAGGAGCAGUGAUGAAGAACUGGAAGAGAAGAUAUUUUCAAUUAGACGAAAAUACAAUAGGCUACUUCAAAUCUGAACUGGAAAAGGAACCUCUCCGGAUAAUACCACUUAAAGAGGUUCAUAAAGUCCAGGAAUGUAAACAAAGUGAUAUUAUGAUGAGGGACAAUCUCUUUGAAAUCGUAACAGCAUCUCGCACCUUCUUUGUUCAGGCUGACAGUCCAGAAGAAAUGCAUAGCUGGAUUAAAGCGAUUUCUGGAGCUAUAGUAGCACAGCGCGGACCUGGAAGAUCAGCAGCUUCUGAGCAUUCCAGCGGUCCUUCAGACUCCUCCUCUAAUUUCCGGGCUGCCGGUGCCACAGCAGCCCCCUCACAUUCCACAGCCUCUCGCGACAACUCUCUGGUCUCAAGCUUUACCAUGGAGAAGCGAGGAUUUUACGAAUCUCUUGCCAAGGCCAAGCCAGGGAGCGUCCAGGUCCAGACUGUCUCUCCAAGAGAACCAGCUUCCAAAGUGACUGGGCAAGUCCCCUUGGAACCGCCAAGUGAAAAUGGCCCUCAGGAAAAAGAUUCUGACCCCGGGGAUCCGGAACGGGAUUUCGGCCCAGUGGAUUUGGAUGACGCGAGCCUUCCAGUUAGUGAUGUGUAGCGGAGGAACUGCUUAGAGAACGAUCCACCCGUGGGCCCUUCAACAACUUCUGGGCCCAGGGUUUCUAGCCAAAGAGAAAGAAAGGGGGGAAAAUGCAAUGAUGUGUGGGUACACAGAUAUACACAUAUUUGGGUUCUGGUAGGUCCGAAUGGAGAAUGGACACUGUAUUUUUCUCCCUGUCCCUUAAAAUGGGGAGGAGCCAAACUAAUACAGUGCAUACAGUUCCUGAGUGUGUCUAGGUACCAACAUCUGUAAAGCUUUUCUGGCCUCAUUUGGGCAGUUACAAUUUUUGACCAUUUUUACUGUAGUUUUCAAUCUGUAGAAAAAUGAGUCGGUUUCAACACUAAAUAGAUGAUAUGACUAUUAAAGCGUAUCUGGGGAUUUUUUUUUUUCAAUCCUUAAAAAGAAAAGAUCGGCUUGAUUAUCGUGCGUAUCCCCACACACAGUAAAUUAUGUAGAUUCUGAUCAGUUUCUACUUUGGAAGCACCAGCAGGCCAAGAUUUCUAUAUUACUUAGAAUUUUGCCAAGGGUGCUUGAAUAUUUGCAUUAGGAAGCUAGCGUUACUAUUUCCGAUAUUUAACAAUAUUUCGGAUGCACGCCUCUCCCGCGGUGAGCUCUUUUUUGUGUUUGAUUUUUAUUUUUUGCACAUUGAAUCCUGUCGGACCACCGAGUGUUUUGAUUGAGGGGAAUGGGUUGAGGCCGGGGGUUUAAAGGAGAUCAAAAUGCCGCGUCUUUGAUAUUUGAACUUAUUACUAGAUUUUAUAUUGUAUUUUGUCAGGCUUUGCAAGAGACUACUUAUGAAAUAAUAAAAAUUAUAUUGUUUGGUAUCUGUUUUCUGAGAGAUUUUAAUUUUCUUAUCAAUGUUGUGUGAACACUUCUUGUUUCUAUAUUUGGAUCCGUGAAAGACCUCAAGUUUAUUUUUUUGGAAUGACAUUGAUGAUGAACAUGUGUUCAAAAUCCUACUAUUGUGGCCUGUAAUUUUUGUGCACUAAUAAUCUAUAUUCAAGUGCCUGUGUCUUCUCAUUUUGUUUUUUACAUUUUGAGAUUGAUGUGCGUACUGUUCUACUUUAAUGGUUUUAAACCUUGGGAUUAAAUUGUUCUUGAAAGUUAAAGUUUGUGUAAGACUAUUUAAGGUAUUAAUGUUUUUGUUUUUUUUUCUGCUAGGGGAAUUCCAGGAUGCUGGUACUGCAUCUGCUAGCUGUGCAAUAUGUAUGUUUUUCAGAUAUAAUUCAGGUUAUAUGUCACAUGGGGGUGUCAUAAAUGCAAACAACUCCAUUUAAGAACCUUUGAAUUUCAAAAGUUGAAUUAGGAUCAUUUUAAGUCUAGAUUGAGCAUGUACUAUUUCGUGGUUCAAUCUCAAAAGAUGCCUGCCUAAACCAAACAGAAUCUUGAAUUUAAUGUGCUGCUUUUUUUGUGAUUCAAACUUUUUAGUUUGGCAAUAGUUCUUGUUUUGGAAAUUAAUAGAUUUCUGUCCCAAAGUUUCAUUUUCUGAGUUGGACUUAUGACAUAAGUUGUCUACUAAAAGACUGGGAUCCAAAGGUUAAGCAGUCUUUCCAAAACCAGGGUAGACUAAACUUCAGUUAAAAAAGCAGAUUACAGAAGAACUAUUCAGUUGUCAUAAUCAUAAGCUAACCUGUUUUUUGUGUUCUAUUUAUAAUUAAAAGAAAAUGUCCUUCGUAACUACAUGUGAAAACUAACCUUAGAAUGGAACCUUUUAACCAGUUUUAAAUAAAGCAGAUUUAAAUGUUGGGUAAAAAAUAAUAGCUCUUCUGAAAUACUACUUUUCAUGAGCAUGUGAUACUUUGCAUUAAUGUUUUUAUUGUACUUUUAAAACCUAAAUUCACUCUCUUUGGUACAGCUUUUACACUGCAUGUUCAUCUUGGUAUACUUUGGUAUUGGCAGCUUAACGUAAUGGGUGGAGGCCAAGCUUUUAGCUCCAUUUAGGGACUUUCUAAUAGAACUGCUCGAGUAGUUCAGUAGCAUAGGACAAGUAUUCUUGUGGUUGGUAAUUGUCAGGGUCACCUAAUACUAGGUUUUCAAAUCUAUGAAAAUUGUUAAAUUAUUUUCAAACCUGUGCCAUUUCUUGUAAAUAUAACACAUUUGAAUGGUCAAUAAAUUAGUUUGAAUACCCGAA